CUACCACCAGCAGAAAAGGCUAAAUACCACAGAUUGUUUGAACGAAACAGUUUCAGUGAAUAUACCAGUGAUUUGGUAUCUGUUAACAGGACUAUACCCGAUAGAAGACCUCAAGCAUGCAAAGAUAAAAGUUACUCCUCGAACCUGCUACAGACUAGUGUAAUAAUAACAUUUCAUAAUGAAGCAAGAUCGGCUUUACUCCGUUCUGUACACAGCGUUAUCAACAGAUCACCUUCCAAUUUAUUGAAGGAGAUAAUUCUAGUAGAUGAUGCAUCUGAUAGAGAUGAUUUGAAAGCGCCCUUAGAUGAAUAUUUGAACAAUUUACCAAUAGUCAAAUUAAUUCGAUGUCACAAGAGAGAAGGAUUGAUAAGAGCUAGGUUACUGGGUUUUCAGCAUUCUACAGGUCCCGUGGCAACUUUCCUCGACUCGCAUAUAGAAUGUACUCCAGGAUGGUUGGAACCUUUACUGGAACCUAUCACGAAAGAUAAAACCAUUGUUACGUUUCCUCGUAUAGGCUACAUCAAUAAAUUCAAAUUUAAAUAUAACAUGCCGCUUUUACUACAUUAUGGCAUAUUUAGAUGGAGGGCUCUGAAUUUUGACUGGGAAUACAUCCCUAAAGAGAUAUUAGAUUCAAGAAAAUCAGAAGCUGACAAUAUCAAGUCACCUACCAUGCCCGGUGGAUUAUUUAGCAUCAGUAAAGAGUACUUCACAUUGUUAGGAACAUUUGAUCCAAAAUUAGAAGGCUGGGGAAGUGAAAAUCUAGAAUUAUCAUUUAAGAUCUGGAUGUGUAAUGGUACGUUAUUAAUGGUAGCCUGUUCCCACGUUGGUCAUAUCUUCCGAUCUAAAUUCCCCUACACAUUACCUGAUAUAUCCAAGAAUUCACUACGGGUAGCAGAGGUUUGGAUGGAUGAGUUUAAACACUUCUAUUAUGAUUAUAUUUCACCCAAUGUUGUAAAUCUAGAUGUACGAGAUCGGGUAGAACUGAGAAAGAAACUACAAUGUAAAAACUUUGACUGGUAUUAUAGAAAUGUACUGUCAAUAUCCCUGUGGACACCUGUGGAUGCUCUACUUGUUGGUCAGGUAAUGCUAUUACAUGGAUGGGUUAAUAAAAAUCAAUCCAAACUUCAAUAUUCAGAGAGAGCAGCUAGAUAUUCAACUAGAAUUCUUACAACGGAUGGUAUCUUGUAG